AAUAAAACCCCUUUUUCAUGGCUACAUACAUGAAUCAUUUCAAGUUCUUGCAAACUAUCUCCUUUGUGUAUGUGUUGGUGACAGUGAAGAAUGUGACUGGAUCAUCAGUAAGCCAUGAUGAAGAAUGCUCAGCCUUGUUUCAGUUUAAGCAAACCAUAAUUCACCAAGAUAAUGUGGCUUGUGCUGCUCUUGGGUCUCAAGCGUUCUACUCUUGGAAUCCUAGUUUUGAUUGUUGUUCGUGGGAGGGGGUAACAUGCAGCAAUGACCAUGAUCAGUAUGGUCAUGUGAUCGGUCUUGACUUGAGCAAGAGGUCUCUUUGUGGGCAUAUCAACUCCAACAGCACCCUCUUCAACCUUGUUCAUCUUCAGACACUCAAUCUUUCCAUGAAUGACUUUCGUGAAUCUCAAAUCCCUUCUGAGAUUGCUCGUCUAAAGCAAUUAAGAAGCCUCGAUCUCUCUGAAUCUGGAUUUAGUGGCCAAAUCCCAAAUGAAAUCUCACAGUUGAUGCACUUGUCUUCUUUAGAUCUGUCAUGGAAUUCACUAAAGCUUCACAGUCGUAGCCUCAAGAAUCUAGUGCAAAACUUAACAGGACUUGAAAUGCUCCAUGUCUCGGGGGUCGACAUUAGUUCUUCUGUACCUCACUUCUUGGCCAACUUUUCUUCUUUGAGGUCAAUCAAGCUGAGAAAUUGUUUGCUUAAGAAUGAUUUCCCUGCAGCCAUAUUUGAGCUGCCAAAGUUGCAAGUUCUUAAUUUGGCAGACAACAUCAACCUCACAGGUUCCUUUCCCGAAUUUCAAAUGAACAGCUUACUUGAAGAAGUGAUACUAUUUUCCACAGGUUUCUUUGGGAUUAUACCAGAAUCCAUAAGCUACCUCAAACAUUUAACAGUCUUAUCCCUUACUGAAUGCUCUUUCUCGGGGCCCAUUCCAGGUUCACUCUCUAACUUGACGCAACUCACUGUCUUGGCUCUUGGUCACAAUAAGUUCACAGGCUCAGUUCCUUCACUGGAUAGUCUUUUAAAACUCGAUGUUUUGGAACUUAAUGGUAACAGAUUCGAGAAAGGACGCUUUCCAAAUUGGCUUGGAAAGCUUACUAAACUUAGUGCACUCUUUUUGUGUGAGAUGAACAUAAACGAUGAAAUCCCACCCUUUCUUGCCAACCUAACCAAACUUAGUAUCAUAGAAAUGUGGAAAAAUUCUCUUAUUGGUCGUAUACCAUCAUGGUUGUUCAACUCCACCCAACUAACAGAUUUAGAUCUUACGGCUAAUCAAUUGCAAGGACCAAUUCCAAACACAUUUUCUAAUUUCAAAAGUCUUCAGUCUCUUAACCUAGCCAUAAACAAUUUCAGUGGUAGGGUAGAACUCGACAUGUUCCUAGGACUCAACAAACUUCAAUCAUUGUCCUUAGGUUAUAACCAGAUAUCAUUAGUACCCACCAACAACUACACCAGUACCACUUUACCAGAAUUGAAUCGGUUAUUCCUGUCGUCAUGCAACUUGAAAGAAUUUCCUGCCUUUUUGCGCUUCCAAAAUAAAAUGGAUACCUUACUUCUUGACCAAAACAACAUUCAUGGCCUGGUACCGGUGUGGAUCUGGAACAACAGCAGAGAAACAUUAGAGUUGAUUAACCUUUCAUUCAACUCCAUCACUGGCUUUGAUCAGCACCCUCAUUUUCUCCCAUGGACAAAUUUAGAAGUAAUUUAUCUCAAUAAUAAUCAGCUACAAGGACAACUACCAAUUCCACCACAAUCCACAGUUAUAUAUUUUGUCUCGCAUAAUAAUCUGACAGGAGAAAUACCACCAUCGAUAUGUGAAUUGAAAUCCCUUCAAGUUUUAGAUUUGUCUUUUAACAACAUGAGCGGAACGCUUCCUUCAUGUUUGGGUAUCUUAUGCAAUUCGCUGAUGGCUUUGAAGCUGAGAAGAAAUAACUUCCACGGCAAUAUGAUGAAUGCUUUUUUGACCGGAGGCCCGUUGACAAAACUUGAUUUAAGCGAAAAUAGAUUUACAGGUCAGCUGCCAAGAUCAUUGACAAAUUGUACCAAUUUAGAGAUUCUCUCUCUUGAAGAUAACUCUUUUCAUGACACCUUUCCUUCAUGGCUGGGAACUCUUUCCAACCUGCAAGUUCUGGUUUUGCGCUCCAACAAACUUUAUGGUCCAAUUCAAGGUUCCACAGCUGUUUCCUUACAGUUCCCUAAGUUACGGAUCAUAGACCUCUCUAACAACAAUUUCAGUGGUCAAUUGCACCAAAACUAUUUCCAAACAUGGCAUGCCAUGAGGUCCGCCAAUCUUGGUAUAUCAUCUGUUAUGAAAUCAAAUAUAUCCUCCAAAAACGUCAAUACAAAUUUGACAUACUCGGUGACAUUAAUACACAAAGGUGUCAGAACAGAGUACUAUCGUAUUUUAACCAUAGAUAUGUCCAUUGAUCUCUCUUGUAACCACUUUGAAGGAGAAAUCCCGCAAUCACUACAAGAUCUUCGAGGGCUUCAAGCACUCAAUCUUUCCAACAAUAAUUUUACUGGACAUGUCUUGCCAACUUUGGGGAAUCUAGAGAAUCUUGAAGCUUUGGAUCUCUCUCGAAACAAGCUAUCCGGGGAAAUUCCUCAACAAUUGGUGCAACUCGGCUACCUUUCCAUCUUCAAUGUGUCAUUCAACCAUCUUGAUGGUCACAUUCCUCAAGGGAAACAAUUCGAUACAUUUGAGAACGAUUCCUACGAGGGGAAUCCCCGAUUGUGCGGACAACCUUUAUCCAAGAAAUGUCAAUAUUCAAAGGUGUCAACGCUUCCACCAACAAGCAAUGUGUCUGAAUCUCUACUCCCAAGUGAAAGAAUUGACUGGAUCAUCAUAUUAUGUGGAGUUGGAAGUGGGUUGGCAGUUGGGAUUGUUAUUGGGAGCAUUUUGUAUACAAGGUAUAGUGAUCGGUUCACAAAGAGGAUGGACAGAUGGGUAAGGCCACUUCGUAACACAAGGAGAAACUAAGAGGUGUCAUAGCUUGAAGUUCAGAGGGUAAAGAGAAGGUGUACAAGACUUUCAAGGGAUUUCAAUUUGUUUUACCAGUAUGUGUGUAAUACGUUUAAGAUUGUGUUCAUUUAGUUGGAUUUCUUUGAGUAGACUUUCAUCGUAAGAUCUUUUAUGUAUCAUAUAGUAUCACUUUCAGUGUUUA